AUGCGCGACUUGAGACGCCAGGCUCUGGAGAGCGGAAAGACAGUCUCCAGGAAAGCACAGUCGCGCAUCUCCUCUCGCGCGUCGUCGGCCACGAACUCUCGCGCAACUAGCAGAAAUCCAAGUCGCCAUGCCUCGGACGAUGACGAGGAGAAUAUGAGCGACUCCACAAAUUGGAGUGUGAACUCACUUGAUGAGAUGCUCUCUCCCGAACUGCCCGACGAUGUCGCUGGUACAUGGAAGCAGGGUCUCGCCGACCGUAUCGAGGAGAUUAUUGAUCGCAAGAGAAGCAGUGUUCAGGGUAGAGAAUCUACCCUGAACGUAUAUGUUUACUAUCUUAUGAGCCACUAUUGUGGCGAGGAGAUCGAAAAUAAGGCGUCGGAGCUGUUCCCCGCACUGCUGAAGAGCGUCAAGAUGGAAAGCAGCGAAAAGGAGACUUGUCUUGCAUUACGAGCUAUCGCCCUCACGCUUAUUACAAAUCCAUCGGAAACAGCUUACGAUGGCCUAUAUCAACCGUUGAAGCGCGCAUAUACAGAUUCGGAGUUUCACAGUGUUAAAGCUACCGCUAUCCAUACCCUCAGUGCAGCAGCGGUAUAUGGGGGUGCUUCUGAUAGCGCCACCGAAGAUGCUAUGGACGACCUGCUGGAAAUAAUCGAGUCGGAUGGCACAUCCGUCGCUGCAGAUGAUAGUGGUGAAGUGGUUACAGCAGCCUGCCAAGCAUGGGGAUUCCUUGCGACAUUCGUCGACGAUCUGGAGGACAAGACCGAGCCAGCGGCGGAUGUAUUUGUCGAGCAGCUUGACAGUAGCGACACCACAGUCCAGGUUGCAGCUGGGGAAAACAUUGCCUUGCUCUAUGAAAAGAGCUAUACGCCACGAGAGGCUAAUGAUGAGCCCGCGAGUGAUGGUGAUGAUGAUGAUGAAAGUGCCACUAUAGAAUCGCACUUCGUCAAGCGUUACGAAGUCUAUCGCCAAAAGCAUCAGCUCCAGCACACGCUUUCCCAACUCGCCACCGAGUCCUCGAAGAGAAUUGCCAAGAAAGACCGCAAAACGCUCCAUGUCAACUUUGCAGACAUCUUAAAUACAAUUGAACAUCCAGCCCUUGGACCGAGAUAUUCCAUGGCCCGUGACCCCGAUGGUCGCAUGUACGGCUCAAGAAUGACGAUUCGGGUUCACAAAGCUGGGAUAAUGAGGAUCGACAAAUGGUGGAAGUUGCAUAGACUCCAAGCCCUGAAGCGACUUCUUGGCGGUGGUUUCGUACACCACUACCAGGACAAUGAGGUCGUGUUUGAUAGUUUGCCAAUUAUGAUUCAAGCCGACAAUGAUGACUGA